AUGGCGUCAAUCCCGAACAUAUCAACCCUUUUCACGUGGGCGCUCUAUUUCAUCCCGAUCUACAUUUUCAUUCUCGAACCGCUUCUCCGCCCCUUUGUUUCUCAAUCCACGACCCCCUCCUCCGAUUUUAAUGAUGUUAACGACAUUUGGGCUACUUCGGAUUCAGCUCCAGAAUUGAACCUCGUGGAUGAUACCUUGCUCAGUCCGGAAGAUGCCGUACCAUUUAACUGUCCCGGCGAGCCCGCGGGCUACAAAGUGCAUUUGCUUUCGCGCACACCACUUAUCUUGUACCUGGAGAACUUUCUCGGUGACGAAGAAGCCGACCAUUUAGUUGAUAUCAGUUUGAAUAAAUAUACUCCCUCAAUUAUCUACGAUGGCGUCACCCAAAAAGUCGAUCCCUCAGAACGUCUCUCCGAUCGCGCACUGCUCGAACGCGAUGAUACAGUCCGUUGUCUAGAAGACCGUGCGCGCGCCUUCCAGGGAUGGCGACCUCACCUCUAUAUCGAGCGCAUGUGGGCGCAACGCUACAAUGUCUCGGGACACUACCGACACCACUACGAUUGGACAGGCUCCUUAGCGCUGGGCGGGGACCGACUGAGUACAUUCAUGGUAUACCUUGGCGCGGAUUGUGAAGGUGGAGGGACGAAUUUCCCACGAUUGAAGAUGCCACCCGGCAAGCAGUGGUGUCAGUUUUUGGAAUGCGAGGAUGAGGAAGACUCGAGCUCAGAGAAGGUGUAUGAGAGUAUUGAUGGGGUGAUUCCGAAGCACAAACCUGGGAUCACAUUCAAGCCUAUCAAGGGGAAUGCGAUCUUUUGGGAGAAUCUACGUCCGGAUGGGUCGGGGUAUGAGGAGACUUGGCAUGCCUCGUACCCCGUUACUUCAGGGACGAAGGUCGGAUUGAAUAUUUGGAGUUGGUAUCAACCGCCGAAGCGAACGAGGAGAGGUUGA